ACGUCAGGUUUGACUCAGAAGUGUGGUAAUCGAGGCGCAGCGCGCUUUGGGUUCGCAUCGCGACAUAGGACGGGAAACCUACCGAAAUGCCAGUACUGAUAUGAAACUUCAGACUGCGGGCUUUUCUCCUCAAUGAUUUACGGAACGCACUUUGGGGACAAGUUCAUGAAAAAAGAUGGCAUUCAAAGAGUUUUCUUAACCAAGAAUAUGAAGAAAUUGUGUCGGCCACAUGCGACUGUGAUGGUAUGACAAUAACAACGUAACUCUGAAAAUAAUUUAAUAGGCCUACGGGAAAGUUACGAAUCUGGAAAAAUAUCCCAUAAAGAUGAACGGAACCGAUAUAUCCUUAUCAACACAAAGCGCGACAAUACCCGUUAUAAUGUUCAUUUUCGGGGUCGUAGGUAAUAUCACCGCGAUCGUCGUCCUUUGCAAAUCCAGAAAGGAGCAGAAGGAGACCACAUUUUACACGCUGGUGUGUGGGCUUGCCGUCACCGACCUCUUGGGGACCCUACUCGUAAGCCCGGUUACGAUCACGACCUAUGUGAAAGGGUCGAUGCCGGGUGGAGAAGCGCUGUGCCAAUACUCUGGAUUCAUCCUCCUCUUCUUUUCAUUGGCGGGUCUCAGUAUUAUAUGCGCCAUGUCAAUUGAAAGAUAUAUGGCUAUUAACCAUGCGUACUUUUACAACCAUUAUAUUGACCAGAAACUUGCAGGGUUGACUCUUUUUGCCAUUUAUGCUUCAAACGUAGUAUUUUGCGCACUGCCCAGUAUGGGACUUGGUCGUGUGGAACUGCACUAUCCGCACACAUGGUGUUUUAUCAAUUGGAAAAGCAACGUGAGUACGGACGCAGCGUUCUCCUACAUGUACGCCGGCUUCAGCUCAUUUCUCAUCCUUUCCACGGUGAUUUGCAACAUAAUGGUGUGCGGGGCAUUGAUCGUGAUGCACAGGAGGUUUGUGCGCAGGACGUCGCUUGGAACGGAUCAGAGGAGGAUAAAUGAACUCAGAAGAAGACGCAGUUUUCGGAGUUGGGCCGCUGCUGAAAUACAAAUGGUCAUUUUACUUACAACCACUUCCGUGGUGAUACUUCUUUGUUCGAUACCUCUCGUGGUGCGGGUAUUUGUCAAUCAACUUUAUGCAUUGUCUGAGACGAAGCACGAUGACAAAUAUGAUCUUGCGGCCAUACGAAUUGCCUCUGUCAACCCAAUUCUGGAUCCCUGGAUUUAUAUCCUAUUUCGCAAGACUGUGCUACUUAAGCUAAUUGAGAAGAUCAAGUGCCUGUUCUGUAGGAUUGGGAGUCGGCACCAGCAAGGGACUGCAGACUUCCACUGCAUGGCUGGAGUACGGUCCUCUUCUGUGAUCUCCCAUGAUUCCCCGUCCCUCAUGUCACGGGAACUGAGGGAAGCUACAAGCACCUCCCAGACAUUCCUCUGCCUGCCGGAAAACACCAAUGGAUGUCAUUGAAGCUGGCAGAUGGGACAGCCGAGGUCCGCAGAACGUUCCUCUUUGGUGGACGGUGGAGGGUCCGACUCACCAAACAAACAUAAUUCUGCCUUAAAGGCUUCAGAUGACCACUGUCAUGAGGUCAUGAAGUCAUGAGGUCCUGGAAGCUGCUGCCAAUGAUGACAUUGGACGUCCUUGGUAUUUGGAGAUUACUAAUCAAACAGGCUUGACAAAAAAUUUGUUAGGACUUAUUUAGCCAAUACAAGUGGAGCUUUGAACUGAAUUUUGAUUACAGUGGAUUUUCAAAAUUGAGGCUUUAAAAUGAAACAGGCUAAAACUAUUUUUGUAUUAUACAAUAGACCUAUUAACAUUUAAUUAUAUGUCUCUAAUCAAGCCAAACAGUUAAACCACAAUACUCUAGUGCAGUGUUUCCCAAGCUGGUCCUUCGGGGCCCACAGUCGGUCCAUGUUUUUGCUCCGUCUGAACUUCCUGACAGACAGUCCGCUGCCUGUGGGUCCUCGAGGACCGUAUUGGAAAACACUGCUCAGGUGCCUUCAUGUUAAAUUAUUCCCUAGUCACAUUUUUUCUUAUGUUGACAAAUGAAUGAACUAUGAAUAGAAAAGUAAGAAGUAUAUUUGUGAGCAAUCUAUAUAAUAUAUGCACUUAAUUUUAACCACUGUUAAGGAUCCUAUAAGAACUGAAGCAUGGAAAUUUCACUACUCACUGGCCUAAGCAACUUGGUAUUGUGCUUAUAUGAUGCUAUAAUGUGAAUCUACUCUGAAAUAUCAUUGUUUAUUGUAUAAAAUACUUUUCUUCUCUGUGAGAAGAUUUAAAUAUCAGAUGUUGAUUUGUAUUGUGUUGAUUGUAGAUACAUAUAAGAUGUAUUAGAAUAUAAAUUGCUGGGAAAAGCAGCCAUUGAAGUUCUCUUGUUAUUAUUGUAGAUAUUCCCAAAGAAUAUGAGAUAUUUUACAUGCUUUAACAAGUUUAAUUGCAACUCUGGUAGCAGAAUUCAUCUAUAUUACUGCAGUUUACUGCUUCAUGGAAGUGCAUUUAUAUAUUAUUGGCUAUAUAGCUGUACACAAAGAUUAUAAAUCUGCCUUUUUCAUUUACAAGUGAUUGUUUUGUCAGAAGUUUUUUUUAUUAAAGGAAUAUUAGUGUUUUGAUAAAAAUUCUGACUUUUUGUAAGCUUUAUGCUACAGUGCACAGUAGAUCUUGGGUUUGCACCUCUCUGCAAAACAAAGUGUUGAAAGUAACCAAUUCAGAAAAGUGUGCGACUCAGUGGGUUAAAUCUCUGUACCUGUCAUCAGAAGGUUGGUAAUUCAAGCCUGGGCUAAGCAUAUCUGCAGGUCCUUAAGCAAAGCCCUUAACUGCCAGCUCCCUGGGUACUGCAACAGGUGGCUGCCCUUCAUAGCCAGCUUGCUUUCACCUACAGGGAGCAGGUUGGGGGAGGUAUAAAGAGAACCUCCUCAUAGGGAGCAAUAAAGUAUCAGCUAUUAUCAAAAGCUGCACCCAUUGCAAUUUGGUAUAAAAGUAUUUUUCCAUCCACGCUAUGCAUUUAUCUCAGUUUUGACUCUGGUACAUUUGUCUUUGUACAAAACAAAGAAUCAUCAUAACUCCAUGUGCAAUUUAAGGAGCAAAGGAAGAACAUACAUACUCUGCACACGGCAGGAACCCCCAACCCCCACAGCAUGCAGCAGUAACUUAGAAAAAUGCUUUAAAAAGAAAUAAUUUGUAUAUGACAUAUUAACAGAAAAUAAAAGGUUUUAGUGUAACACAUAUACUGAUAAAAUAUGUGGAUUGGAUGCAUACAUAUGAGAACCAGAAAUGUUUAAUUCUGAAUGAGAAGGUUCUCUUUUUGUACAAAGGAGCAAAUGUAUCCAAAACAUUAUUAGUUUUGGGAACAAUUAAUAAGUAGCUGGUAGUCAUCCUUAAUGGAGAAAUUAAAAUUCAUGAAAUUGGAAAUAAGUUGCCAGUAAAAGAAAUAUAAAUGAAAAAAAAAAGAAAAUGGUUCACUGGCCCUGAUCGUUCUGAUAUAUCUUGCUCUGCGGAAAAUUAGUUUUUAUUGUGUUUUUCAUGUUCUUAAUUUACAUGAUUGUUGCAUAGGUUUUCAUGUGAGAAGCUUUUCCAUAUAUUACUGGAGAACAGCACACACAUGGUAAGAUAAUAUAAGAUGUUACCAUAUUUAUUCUGGGGGAAAUUCUUUUGCAUGCAGUGGUGAGUUACAGAAAGUACACAGAUACAAAUAUAUACUGCAAAACGAAAGGCAGUGAUGCAUACAGUGUGAAAACAAAGUGCACAGAUAGCAGACUUUUGUUCAGGAAAUACAUUUAAAUAACUUGUGGUGUAUUUGUAUUUAAUCUGCUAUGGUAACAAUUUAAUCAACUGAAUAAAGAUUUAAAUGUAUUUCCAUGUAAAUGUAACAAAACACAUUUCCACUCUGGAAAUAAUCAGUAGUGUAUUGGUGUUGCAAGUGUGAGAAUUUAAGGAUUCCAGUAUAACAGUAGUUCAUUCAAUUACACUGCAAAUGUUUAAUUGUUAUAAAGCAAAAUGGUACUGUGGUUUGGCGAGCGGCAUUUUGUCCUCACAUGCCUGUUCUGGGUCCAGGUCUGUCUGAGUUCGCACACUAUCCUAGUUUAGGUGUCUCCUCAAAUACUGAAAUAAAACAUGCGGUAGAGAUA